AUGAGCCUUAAAUUGGUCAUCCGAAGCUCCAAUAUACCGGACUUUCCGGUUCAUCGUCCAGGCGUUUAUCACCGCGCUUUCGCGUGUCCUUAUUUCCACUUCGUUUCGCAGCCCUUUCGUGCCGUGUUCGAAACGAGACCUCCGAGGGAAUUCACCCAAAGCGUUUCCUCAAAGCCGGACUUGAAGAUUGUCCAGCAACCAUGUUUCUGGAAACAGUAUGUCCCGGAGCAUCUGAUGAACCCGCGAUUCCGGACACAUGUUCGCACCAAGGUCGACGUGAUGCUCGGAGACCGGCUGAAGCUCCGCUGCGAUGCCGUCGGCAAGCCUAAACCAUACGUGCACUGGUACCGGAACAACGAACUGAUCCCGAGCGCCCGUUCCCUGCCCCGGAUGAAGAUCAACCCUUAUUCGCUGACGAUAAUCCCGGUUCAGCCUGACGACGAGGACAAGUAUUCGUGCAAGGUGUGGAAUCAGGUUGGUCAGAUCUGGAGGAAUUUCACCGUCCGGAUCAUGGGUACGUAUGCGACGCAGCUUCUCGUCCAGCGUAUAUCGGUUUUUCGUUCUUUUGUGUCGAUCUUUGCCCGUGGUUUGAAGCGCCUGAAAACUGAUAUGCCUAACGAAGUGUGA